AUCCAAUCCCAAUGCCGUCUUCGACAGCUGACGCCCCCGCAUCGCAACUUCGCGUGCGUGUAGACUCAUUGUCUGGGGUUUCCGCGAACGCGAUCGUAUGUCUUGAUACGGGUCGUGAACGGCGACAAGGUCGUACUGGGGCGGAAUAUGUUUUUACUGGGGGACCACAAGUGCAGCACGUGGCGGUCGAAAUUUUGCAGCCCGUUGCUCGAAAAGUUUUUCCUAUUGCACAGCUAUUGCCGUAUCAAGAAGCGAAUCCACGAGAAGAAACCGGUCGUGGGGAAGGAACUGAUGCCUCAGAGAAACGAGAACUGGAUAUUCAACACGUUGACGCUGCUGCGCCAACACCAACGGCAGAGGACUCAGAAGUCGCCAAUGUUGUUGAUGAUGAUGAUGAUGAAUUAUCCAAGACUGCGCCUGCGCUACAACCAAUAGUUACACCAAAAGAAGCAGAAGGUGGAACAGAGCGGCCACCAGUCCCCAGCGAAAUCGACGCGGAUGCUCAAGAAGUGGAUGCAACAGCAGAUGCGGACGCAUCAACUGCUAUCGCUCCGCAAGAGGAUGACGAAAGAGCAGGACUGUCAUCAAGUAAGAGAAGUGUUACAAUCGGGGCAGUCGUUGAAGAAUUCGAGCCAAUUUUAGGUCAGUCAGUCGCCUUGACUGACGACAUUGCGGUUCAUCUCACCUGCAGCAGUACCAGCUCGCCUUUUGCGCAGUCGUCGAAGCGCAAUACAGCAGCAUGUAAAAGCAAGGUCCUCGACAGUCGUCGCGCGACUCUGCAGAAGUCCCUCGCAUAUGUUAGAGGAGCUGACGUGCAAAAAAUGUUGAAGGAAAUUCUAAUCGAGUUAUUGCAAAAGCAGCCAGCAGACCCACGCAGCUUUCUAGCAAAGUACCUCUCCACAUCAACUAGUGGCUGCACUGGUGCUUUAUACUCGUCUGCGAGGAGCGCUACGUCGGCAGAUAAGACUACGACUUCGCAGCUCUCGCGAACCGUCGAGACAACCUACGAAGCACAGACGACCGGAGGGGAUUUCCAUUCUAGCCAACGAGCUGACUUACUAGAACAAACUACCGAGGAGGCAGAGCUGCGGGAGAAGUUGUCCAGAUUGCAGACAAAGAUAGCUUCGCUUGAGGGAGAACUCUUCGUGAACGCAGACACUGCUGGAAAAGGUGGGACAGAGCAGGAAGCUUUUCCUUCGGAAGGAGGCGGAGACGAAGGAGCUUCUGAGCCGCCGCUUUCUCCCGGGGAAUCGAGAAGAGUACUCCUUUUGGUUUUGCUUGCCUAUUUUCCACGCCGCCCUACAUCAUAAUUCUUCACCGUCAUACUGGAGGCGUUUUAAUUCUAGAGAACAUGCGUAUGCGACAUGUUCCUGUUCCUCAACUUUACUCAGCGGAAGCCUGGUCCUUUAAUCUCCGAGAUGACUUGCGAAGACAAGAAUACCGCAGCUGCAGUUCGUGAUCUAGCAAAGCUCCAUGAGUCAUAUGAGAAGACGAUGCAAACUUUACUAGAGCGCAAGAUGACGGGGGAUGUCCUGCUUGUUGAGGAUGGUACUUCAUAGUCCUCCUUGAGUAGUUGUUUCUGACCUGUACAUCUACAUGUAAGGCACUCUUCAGAGAACGCGACUUUGUUUUGGAUCGAUUUGUCUUCUAAGUUAGCUCGAUCAUUAAGGAUACUCAGCACGAAGAAACAUAUUUCCAAAUGGACGACAUAGACAACUAACGAACAGCAUUUCGUAGAUCUUCUAUCUAAGUUGUACCACACUCCAGUGACAAUAACGUGUUGUUGUAGUUGUAGCAUGGGGUCUCAUUAAAAGGCGCAAAAGGAAAGGUGUGGUUCGUACAUAAGAUAUCCAUGGUGCCUCCAGAAACAAGACAAUCUCAGCAGGUGUGACUCCGCGCGACGGUGAAGUGGCUGCGGCAGUCGUCGAUUCCGUGUACAAAACGCUGGAGACCGAGGAAAUACGGAGCAAUUCGCCUUCAGUUGCAAAUUUGGAUGAUGUUGCUUCAGAACUAACCCAAACUCUCAUAUCUACCGGGGGACUGCUCUGCUACACAGGAUGAUCUUGCAAAGGACCCGGACCCUUUCGGAUUCGGGGUCUAAUUUUUUCAAACAGUUCUUCUUUUUUUUUACUUAUAAUUUUUCUAUUCUGCACCAAGAAACGUAACCAAAAAAUGAUGAUAAACAUCAAAGUAAAGCUAAAGUGGGAGUAGAUGAAACUAGUAGGGCGGCCUAGACCAACGGUGAGAAAAAUAAAGUGAACGAAACUUCGAUGUGGUGUCAGUACUUCGAUGGAUGCAACUUUUUGAAGCGGCUUUGCUGUUUCAUCGAUUCUCAGCCUUUUACAGGCGUAACCACGGUCCAAGCUGCGCCUGGCCCUGGUGUCCUCUGGUAUGUAAGUUGAAUCCUAUUUUUUUAGUAUCAAACAAACUCGAGAAAGCACUUUGCACGAGAUUUUCGAAUUUUCAAGUCGCAGUUGAGAAUGCUAACUAGAAUGACUAGCACUGUACGUAGGCAACAGCUGCUGCCUCGAGAAAUGGAAAGCGGAAAAGGCACUGAUGAAGUAACGUCUCAAUGAUGAAUACUAGUUAAAAUCUUUCAGAACAAGAACUCGG